GCUGGUCACAUGAGCAGAGAUCUGUUUACAAACCCAAGGCAGAGCAGAGCAGGAGCAAGGGAAGGAAGGGAAAGGCGAAUUGCAGGCUGUCUCUGAGCAACAUUUGGGAUUGAAAGAGGAAGAGGGGAAGCCUGCCCUGACAAAGCCAGCUGGAGGUGGGAGAGUCUGAAAACGACACACGCAGACACACUUCUGCACACACACCACCUUUGUCUCUGUUUUUUUUUCUGAAUAGAAGGAGCAGAUGGUUAGAGGGAGAGUAGGAUCCCCCCCUCCCUACACGCGCACACACACACACACACACACACACACACACACUAACUGACACACAAAACACAGGCUCACCAGCAAAACACCAUUCCCAGCUAGAGGACUGUUGCUGACUGCAUGGAGCCGUCCUCACUUUGUUUGGGCUUUGAGGAAAGCAGCACAUCUUUGCCUUCCACACUGAGGAGGAAUACCCGCUGCAAGAUCAGAGGACUGGAGGAGGAGACAACAGAGGAGUGGGGGAUGAGACUUGUGAAAAUCCUCUGUUAAAAGAAGCAGCUUUGGGAGGAAGACAAAACACAGACUAAUGCCAGAUAAUUACCUUCAUUGGACGAGCAUUCUCAGUUUGAGCGGUGGAUGUCAUUGAAUUUGGUGAGGGGACAACACUGCAGACACAAAGUCUAGAGGCCCAUUCCUGCUGGAAAUGAGCCCAUGAGAUCUUCGCUCCCGGUCCAAACCCCAGUCUUAAAUCUCCCAAUCCUUACACGGACUGGUUAAUCCAGAUUUGGGGAAUGCUGGGCAGUACAGACUGCUGAGCCAACAAAACUGAAAAUCUCGAUUUGUUGUUUUUUGAGAAGCUGACACAACCCAACAAAAGAGCGAUCCAGCUGAGAGGGACUCGAUCCAGGCUGUCCGUAGCUUCGGCCCACGAGCUUGGCUCCUCUCCAGCCUUCUCCUGACGGGGCCUUGAUUUACUGCUGCUGCUCUGGGAGUUCAAUUUCAUGCAACCAUUCCAAUGGUGUAACGGAUGCCUGUGUGGUUUGGGUUCUCAGCGCUCUGAACACUACUGCAGCAUGACGUCUGACAUGUAUCACCUCCCGCUCAAUGUGUUCGUCAUCGUCCUGGGCAUCGGCCUCUUCGUCUUCAUGCUCAGCCUCAUCUUCUGCUGCUACCUUUUCAGGUUGAAACAACAAGGAACAAGGGAGCAGUUCAGCUACAAUGAGGUGGUGCUGAAGGGCACAAGCAAGAAACUGAGCCUUCUAGGACAAACCUGCGCGGUGUGUCUGGAAGAAUUCAGGACCAGAGAUGAGCUGGGAGUUUGCCCGUGCUCACAUGCAUUUCACAAGAAGUGCCUGCUGAAGUGGCUGGAGAUCCGCAGCGUGUGCCCCAUGUGUAACAAACCCAUCCUCCGGCUCCACACAGACGCUCCCCAGGGCGCCGAGAGUCCACUGGACCCGGAGGAGGUGUGAGGGAGCCGGGAGAGACGAAACAGGACUCCCUUUACAGAAAAACACACACAUUAAAUACACUAGGGAUGAUGGGCGGCGGUCAUCUUAAAGACAUCUCACAAGAAAUGUUGACAGUGAGCCCAAAUGGCUCGCCCUGCUGCUGACCUUUGAGCAAUAUGCCUUCAUGGGAAUUUGAUAUUGACAGCGCCAAAAUGAUCUGGUCAGAUCAGUUAGGGAGUGGGUGGAUGAAUAGGAUCUUUUCAUUAAAAACAAAAUAAAAACGCUCCUAGUUCUACUUCCAUAUUGCACCAAAAAACAUGUCAGGCAAAGGGAGCCACAUUAGAGAGCAGGAUAUCAUUGCCGCUGUCACUGCCAGAGACAAACUACACUACAGGCAGUGAGCGGGACAUCAGGAUCAGUUUGGAUGCCUCUCAUAUCUCAGGGGUGUCACCAAUACAGCCAGCACAAACCAUGUCAGUCACCCUAUAACCCUGUGCCACACAUGCAUCUUCAAUACUGCCAACGUAGGUGAAACGCUCCAGAGGUCAGAGGUUAGCCACGACCUCCAGCUGAGACCAAGACCAGCGGGAUUACAACCACGACGAGGAGUUCAGUAGACGAUAUUGUUACCGAUUGUGUCCCAUGCCCUUCCCUUUUAAAGAGACUGAUAGAGAACUAGUCUUGCCUGUAUGUAAACAUGUCCCUAUAUAUUGUUAUUUUGUAUUUGUUGCUUUUAAAUAAAACGUCACGUAAUGUAUUGUAA